AUGAAUAGCAAGCCAAGACUGGUUGCUAAUGUCAUUGAGACGAAGGCAAAGACAAUUCCCGACGCCCCAUGGCUUCUGUAUGCGAACUCAUCUUCUUGGGAGCACGAAGGAGGCUACAAGCCUAUUACAUGGAAGCAAUGUGCCAAUUCAAUAAACAAGAUGGCCCAUUUCCUGGACGAAAAUAUUCCUAGACAGAGCACGGGUCGACAAACGAUCACUUACCAAGGCCCAAAUGACGCAAGAUACUAUAUCAUGAUGGUAGCGGCGGCGAAAUCAAAAAGAACGGUUUUUAUCCCAGAUGGUCGGAUUACUCCAGAUGGUAUGCUCAAGAUACUCGAUGAGAUAAAGUGCGAAAUUUGGGUUUCACCAGACGAUCAAGGCGUUCCCCCGAAAGGCCAAACCACCCUGAAGAUUCCAUCACUGGAAGAUAUCCUGGAGCAAACCAACAGUUGCGAUAUCCAGUACAAUUACAAUGAAUCUUGGGAACAAGCAAAAAAUGAGACAGUUUGCAUUAUUCACACAUCUGGCACAACUGGUACCCCAAAGCCCAUUUACCUUCGCAAUGGCUUCAUGUCGGUUUUUGACUGGAGUCUAUUAUACGAAAGACACUUAUCUCCUAAAGUUACCUAUCACCAUUAUGAGAACUCGUUGACCCUGACGACCUGCGCUCCUCAAUGGCUGGGUGGGUUUGCUUUCACUCUGAAUGCAGCAGCCUUUGUUGGUAUGAUUACAGUGCUUCUACCUCCUGACAUGAAAUCACCUCUGGAUCGUGAGUCUGUCAUUAGAAUUUGCCAGCAUACAGGAGCCAGGAGUAUUGUGACACCUCCAUCUCUCAUUGAAGACUUUUAUAACGAUAAGUCUGCCUUUGAUUUCUUGAAGAGCCUUGAUUACGUCUGCUGGCUAGGAGCAGGGCUGGAUAGUGCAAUUGGCGAAGACCUAGCAAAGCAUACUCACUUAUUCCCGGUGAUUGGAUCUACCGAGCGUGGACCGCAGCCGUCUUUUGAAUCCCCCGAUGUGAAAAUGUGGAAUAGCUUCGAGUUUAUUCCCGAGUCCGGGCCCAGAUUCGAGCAUAUUUCCGAUGACUUGUAUGAGUUACAGGUUGACCGUACACCAGAGCAUGAUGUCUUCCAGGGAGGGUUCUACGUCUUUCCCGAUCUCGACACUAUCCCAUCAUCCGAGAUUUAUUCACCGGUUGUUGACAGUUACGGCUCUACUAGGUGGAUUUUCCGUGGACGCACGGGCGAUUUGGUAAAGCUAUCCUGGCUUGCCAAAUUCCAUGCGACACACAUCGAGAGUGCCAUAAAUAUGCACAGCCAAGUCAACUCGGUGGUCAUGGGUGGGGAGGGACGUGAUGUGCCCUACAUCAUUGUGGAGCCUAAAGAUCACAACGAAAUUCAAGAUGGCGAAAAAUUUAUUGAUGAGAUAUAUGACACGAUGAUAUUAUCUCUCAAUGAAAAAGGUCACCAGGAGAUUCAUAUACCACGAGAUACAGUCAUGUUGUCUGAUCCGUCCUUGCCCUUCCAACGAACUUUGAAAAUGACAAUCAUCAGACAAAAGGUGGAGGAUUCCUACAAGCAGCACAUUGAUGCGAUGUAUCAACUAUGGCAAAACAGAAAGGAAUAA